AUGGCCUGUUCGAAUGAUACGGAACAGGGCGAGGAAGAUACGCGCGAGAGCGAGAUAGGACCCUCGCGCUCUCGCUCUCCCUCUACCACAGAUUUUAUCAUGUUACCAGUAAUCAAUCAGUCGUCCGGCCUGUGCUGCGCGCCUGCAAGCCUCAUGGCCAUGUGCAAAUCCUCGGCUUACUGCCUUUAUCCGCGUGCAUGUCGCUUCACUCGUAUCAUCGUACUACCAACCCACGCAAAAGUCCCUAUCUUGGUCCUAUCUGGAUGCUUGAGGAUUGCUAUCUCGGCCGGCAUCCGUCAUAUCUGCAUCAGGGAGGUACAGUACCUAUGUGCCGCUAACGGUUGCAACAACGCCAACCACUUGGGUAAUUUUGAUACAGUCUAUCGAUCCUUUCAAGCAGGAGUGCUGGUCAUCUUCGAUAAAAACGGCGUUGCAGAACUGUAUCAGGAUUACGGAGCACUGUCGCUGGGCUCCGCACAAGGCCGCGCAAAAGUAUGGAGUACGAGGAUCAUUGCCUGCAGGAACCUAGCGCCGCCAUAUGCAUCCGGCGGGAUGGACAAGUACCUGCGUCACUGGCCCAAGGUUACACAGUACAUACACGCACACAUGGUGACCCGUGCAGAGUUCGGACGGCGGCGGCUGGCCACGAGGCCACACGAUCGAGAGGGUGGCCUGAGCGGCGCAGAGUUCUUUUUUUGGACGGGCAACGCUGUGACAGCCGGAAUGCUGGGGCGCUGCUUGUGCGUGGUUGACUUUUUUUGGCGAUUGCGAGAGAAAGGCACGGCACCGAGGGACCUGAAAGCGUCAGGCAAGGGAUUUCAUGGCAACCCCAGACACCGCCCUGUAUCAUGUAGCAGCAGUGGGUGGCGGCCGUGGUACAGCGAAUCACAUGCGCACGAGGCUCAGCUUCUGCUGAUCUCUGGAUGGAGAGGCGAGGCGAGGCGAGGCGAGGGGAUUCACUCGCAUGCGACUCUAAUAAUGAGCGCUGCCCAGUCUCUGCAGCACAUUCUGUGUACGAGGCAUAGCUGCCCCCACCACAGAGUCAUCCCAGCAGCUCGAGAUUGGCCGGAGUCCCCAAGUCCGCCUUCUGGGGCUGAGGGGACCCAGCCGUCAAUCAGCACCAAGGAUACUACUGGCGAACUGCGAGGCGAGCAAAGACGCACGCGUGCCAGAGCGCUGGGAGGAGCCGAGGCCACGGAGGACCCUCCCUACGGCGCACGGAGCAGCCUCGGGUCAGGGCCGAGAACCCUCCAAGUGGGUGGGCUUUGGGUGAAGCUCAUCCCCCGCUGGACAUACACCCCUUCCCAACAUGCACAUCAAGUAGGACACUAUACGUUAUUAGCAUCACGACGGAAAAUUGAGUCUGGGAGGGAUGCGAUAGCGAUGCGGUGA